AUGACGACCCUUACAAACGCCUUUUCGCAUUCGUCUCAUGACACAGCCAUUAUCGUGCCCGGCAAGUCGCCCUUGACCGUGUCGUACGAGCAACUCACGGCCGACAUUCUCUCCUUCCAACUGAAGCUCGCCAAGCUGGGUAUUACUGCUGGCGACGCCGUCUCGAUCGCUGUCCCCAACUCAUACCCAUUCAUCGUCGCUUUCCUCGCAGUUGCAUGGCAGCGUGCCAUUGCCGCUCCUCUCAACCCCGCAUACAAACAGUCCGAGUUCGAGUUCUACAUCGACGACCUCAAGUCCUCUCUCGUCCUGGUGCCCCAGGGCUUAGCAGAUGGUCCUGCUGUCAAAGCCGCUACCAAGUACAAGGCUGCCGUCGCCGAGUGCUACUGGAAUGGAAAAGAGGUGGUCCUGGACAUCAAGCAUGAGGGCAAACUGAAGGGCAAGGGCAACAAGUCGCUUGAAUACGCUCAGCCCGACGAUGUUGCUCUCGUCUUGCACACCAGUGGUACCACUGGCCGCCCCAAGGCUGUUCCCCUCUCCCACAAGAAUCUGACACGCACAAUGUCAAACAUAAAGGCAACUUAUGACUUGACCAAGGCUGACCGCACUAUGCUGGUCAUGCCUCUUUUCCAUGUUCACGGCCUCCUUGCUGGCUUCCUCGCCCCUUUGCUCUCCGGAGGAUCUGUAGUUGUACCAGCUAAGUUCUCCGCCUCGGACUUCUGGAGCGACUUCCAGACUCACAAGGCAAACUGGUACACGGCAGUGCCCACCAUCCACCAGAUCUUGCUCAAGAGCCCUGCCCCUUCUCCUCUGCCGGAUAUCCGCUUCAUCCGUUCUUGUUCUUCGCCUCUGUCUCCCAAGGUCUUCCACGAGCUUGAGAAGACUUUCAAGGCUCCUGUGCUUGAAGCCUAUGCCAUGACCGAGGCUGCUCACCAAAUGACUUCCAAUCCUCUUCCCCACAAGGGCAAGCGUCAGCCUGGCUCCGUUGGUGUCGGUCAAGGUGUCGAGGUCAAGAUCCUUGACCAAGCAGGCAAGGAGGUACCUCAGGGUUCUGAAGCUGAGAUUUGCAUUCGUGGUGAGAAUGUCACUACUGGCUACCUCAACAAUCCAGAAGCCAACAAGACUUCCUUCACCGCAGAAGGCUUCUUCCGUACUGGUGACCAAGGCAAGCAAGACCCAGAAGGCUAUGUCAUCAUCACCGGCAGAAUCAAGGAACUCAUCAACAAGGGUGGUGAGAAGAUCAGCCCCAUCGAGCUGGACAAUGUCAUGGCACAACACCCCGCUGUGUCUGAAGCUGUCAGCUUUGCCAUCGAGGAUGACAUGUACGGUCAAGAUGUUGCUGUAGCAAUCGUGCUCAAAGACAACCAGAAACUCGAGCCUGCAGAUCUGAAGACCUGGAUGGCAGAACGUGUCGCCAAGUUCAAGUUGCCCAAGAAGGUUUACUUUACCGACGUCAUGCCCAAGACAGCUACCGGUAAGAUCCAGAGACGAAUGGUAGCUGAGGCUAUGCUCAAGCAAGAGAAGCCCAAGGCCAAGCUGUAA